AUCCCCACUCACAAUACGAUGGCACCCACCGAUGCUCACCACGAAUUUAUCUCGAAAGGUUCUGCCUCUGCCAAACGUAGACUCUCCCACUCAAGCAAGAAACCCAAUGCUGAGGGCUACGUGAGCCUCACCCCAAUGUGGGCAGGUAUCUCUGGCGCAGUCGUCAACAAUAAUAAGAAUUACGAGAUCGCGAUCUCCAUUCACGACUCGGUCUACAACACUGACUUCUCUGACACUCUCCUCGAUUACAACCCAAACGAUCCCCCAGACGUGGAGGAACAUGUGAUUCAGACCCUCCGCAAUUUCUCGCAUGAACAUCUCAGCAAGUUCCUCGGUGCGGGCGUCACCCUCAGUCUUUUGCGUGAGGCACCCAACCUUUGUACUAGGCUCUGGCUUGAGCUCGAUAUCGUCCCUAUCGUCUUCAACAUCAAGCCUUACCAUACCGACUCCGUUACAAGGCCCAACAUUAAGCACCGCAUCUCGUCCACGACUGGCUCCUACGUUCCAUCCGGAGCCGAGACCCCGACCGUCUAUGUCGACCAAUCCGUCCUCGGCAACGUUGCCAAUACAAACCUUCUCUCUGUGCCACAGGGUAUCUCCCCCAAGCUUCCCAUCCCCCGGACCGUCGAUGAACAGGCUGAUUCUGCGGCCCGCAAAUGUCUCAUGUAUUUUGGUCCCAACAAUAGCCCACGUUUGAGCAUUGGCCCGCGCAACCAGGUUGCUGUUGACGCCGGAGGAAAAAUCCAUCUUAUUGAUGACCUGGAGGCAUACAGGAACUCUGUCAGCAGCGGCACUUGGGAAGCUGUCACUAGGCUCGCUGAUGAGCUUCGGGAGAAGAAAGUCAAGAUUGGUUUCUUCUCUUCCACUCCCCAAGGAGGAGGAAUGAGACAUGCUUUGAUUCGAUUCCUCGCUGCUUUGGACGUAGACUGCGCCUGGUACGUGCCGAACCCGUCACCUUCAGUCUUCAGGACGACGAAGAACAACCACAAUAUCCUUCAAGGCGUCGCUGCGCCUGACCUUCGUCUUACGAAGGAAGCGAAGGACAACUUCGAUGCUUGGAUAUUGAAGAACGGUUUGAGAUGGACGGCCGAAGGUGGGCCUUUGGCCAAAGGUGGAGUGGACAUUGCGUUCAUCGACGACCCGCAGAUGCCAGGCCUUAUCCCCCUGAUCCGUAAGGUUCGACCUGAGGUUCCCAUCGUUUACCGCUCCCACAUCGAGAUUCGGAGUGACCUCGUGCACAAUGCGGGAUCACCCCAAGAGGAGGUGUGGAAAUAUCUGUGGAAUAAUAUUCAGCUUGCGGAUCUUUUCCUUAGUCACCCCGUCAAUAAAUUUGUCCCCAGCGAUGUCCCUAUAGAGAUUGUUGGGCUUAUGGGCGCUGCUACUGAUUGGCUUGACGGCCUGAACAAGGAGCUCGACCCUUGGGAUUCUCAAUACUACAUGGGCGAAUUUACCGCGCUCUGUGCGAAAGAGAAGAUGACGGAGCUCAAGUGGCCCGACCGCGACUACAUCGUCCAGGUCGCGAGGUUCGACCCGUCUAAGGGUAUUCCGAACGUCAUCGAUUCGUACGCCAAACUGCGCGGGCUUCUGGAGAAGGCGGGCGACAUCAAGGAGGAGGAUAUGCCGCAGCUGUUGGUCUGUGGGCACGGUGCGGUCGAUGACCCCGAUGCGAGCAUCAUCUAUGAUCAGAUCUUGGAGUUGGUGGCGAGCGACAAGUAUAAGCGUUAUUCCAAGGACAUCGUGAUCAUGAGAAUCCCACCAAGCGAUCAGCUCCUCAAUGCCCUCAUGGCCAACGCCAAGAUUGCCCUCCAGCUCUCCACUCGCGAAGGCUUCGAAGUCAAAGUCUCCGAAGCUCUCCACGCUGGCGUCCCCGUCGUUGCUUCCCGCACCGGUGGUAUCCCCCUCCAGAUCCAGCACGGAAAGUCCGGCUACCUCGCCGAUGUCGGCGACAACGACGCCGUCGCGAAGUACCUGUUCGAUUUGUACACGGACGAGGAGCUUUACAAGAAGACGAGCGAGUUUGCGCGGACGAACGUGUCGGAUGAGGUCGGUACGGUGGGUAACGCGGCUGCGUGGUUGUAUUUGGCGGUCAUGUACUCGCGAGGAGAAAAGGUCAAGCCGCACGGAGCGUGGAUCAAUGACUUGAUGAGGAAGGAGACCGGCCAGCCCUACGCCCAGGGCGAGCCUAGGUUGCCCAGGAGCGGAUUGGACGUCCAGGGUUGA